ACAAUGUUGAACAAAACAUACAAACAUUAUUUUUUUUUGUUACAGAAAUAGUUGAAUGUUUUCAUAUGUUCAAUUCCUUUUGUUUCGAGUUGGGGUCUCUUGGAAACAGCCUCUCUACUUUUCAAGUAGGGGAAAGGUCUGUGUACACUCACCCUCGCCAAAUCCCAUUCGGUGGGAUUAUACUUGCUUUAUUGUUGACUUGUUGUAUUCAUAGUUUCGUAUGUUCAGUCCACUACACGUUAUGUUAGACAUGAAAAACAACAGUAUCACUCUGUUGAUAUUGGAGAUCAAGUGUUGGUUAUCACAGUCUACUGAUAUUAAAGAUCAAGCAUAUCAUCUAGCUAACUCAAGAAAUAAAUGUUUUGCUUGCGUAUGUAAAUUGUGUCCCAUCGUUUGUGUGGUAUGCUUGAAAUGUAAUUGAUACUGGAUGACCUUCAUACGUGAAAAAAUCUGCAUUAGCAUACAUACUCAUAAUCUUUUACUGCCUAUCAAGAAUAGUAGUAUUAGUCUUAGUCUUAUAAGCCGAUGCAUUGAUAGAAAUUGCGCGUGAGUUUCUUGGAAGGGAAGCCACAUGUUAGAGGCAUCAUCAACAACAUAGUUUUCAUGCCAUGGGAAGAUAUUUGCUUUGUUACUGGUGGUAGUGAUCAUGCUGUAGUGUGCUGGACGGAGAAAGAGGAGGAGAAUUUGUGGAUUCCUAAAGCUUUGCAUAGAAGUAUGCAUUCGUCAGCUGUAAUGGGAGUUGCUGGUAUGCAGCAUAAGAAAAGUGUGAUGUCUGCAGGAGCUGACAAGAAGAUUAUUGAGUUUGAUCUUCAAGCUGGAAGAGCUGACUACAACCAUCAACUUGAUAGCAAAUGCAUGAGUGUUUUGCCUAAUCCACAUGACUUCAAUCUCUUUAUGGUUCAGACAGGGACUUUGGAGAAGCAGCUAAGGUUGUUUGAUAUCAGAGCAAGGCAACGGGAGGUACAUGCUUUUGGGUGGAAGCAAGAAAGCAGUGAUUCACAAUCAGCUCUCAUAAAUCAGGCUUGGUCACCCGAUGGUUUGUACAUCACAUCUGGUUCAGUUGAUCCUGUCAUUCACAUAUUCGAUAUAAGGUACAACUCUCACAAACCUUCACAGUCCAUAAGGGCCCAUCAGAAGCGAGUCUUCAAAGCUGUUUGGCACCACACUCUCCCUUUCCUGAUAUCCAUCUCAUCUGAUUUGAACAUUGGAUUGCACAAGGUCAACUGAGUUGGGAAAGAACAAAAUCCUUUUGUCUGCUCAUUUCUUUUGCUCCUUGCUGUUUUGCCAACUGUACGCAUUUGAAGAAUUCUAUGAUCUGAUAAACCACACACACACACACACACACCCUAGUGCGUAGUUGAACACUGACUUGUAACCGAAAGCAGUCCAUUUUUUGCUCAACAGUGGAGCACAUUGCUUCUGGUGCUCUAGCAUCAAGCUCAAUUUAGCCUAUUGGGUUGCACAAGGUCAACUGAGUUGGGAAAAAAACAAAAUCCUUCUGUCUGCCAAUUUAUUUGCUCUUGCUGUUUGAAAAUUGUAUUGGACCAAUUUUGUAAUCUGAAAAAACCACACCCAAACACACAGUCACACACUAGUGUGUAGUUGAACACUGACUUUUUUCGUGCGAAGUUGAACACUGACGUGAAACUGAAAGCACUCCUUUUGCCCAAUAAUGGAGCUUGUGCCAUGUUUCUGGUAUGCUAGCUUUGUGCUCAAUUGAGCGUUGUAAACCUUCUCAACAAUACCCUCUGUUAGAACUUGAAGACAACUAAAUAUGUAUACCUGUU